GUUGGAGGGCUAGGAGCUUAGCCUGGAAUCUCUUUUGGAUGGAAGUCUUAAAGCUUGUUAGGUCUGGCACCAUCCUCACUUUCAGAUAUCAUUUGUAGCGCCCUCACCGGACAACGUACACAAGCCCGUAGCUUAGUCAUCGUAUCGUGCAGAUAAUACUCGUAGUAGUCGAGUCGUACGAGUACUGCUUCGUGCUACCGUCGUAGGUCCAUGGGUCUAACUGCGUAGGCCUGCCGAUUGGCAAAAAAGUCAAGAGAGAUCUCAAUUAAAAAACGCAGCUGACACCAGCCAUGGAGGGCUACUCCUACGAUGAGGAUUUGGCUGAGAAUCGAUUCUUCAUCAUCAUGCAGACGAAAUACAGGCAGCUCUACCAGCAGGCUGCCUCCCAGAGAUUACUGAUCUGCAUACCAAGGACUGGGGUCUUUGCCCGUUUUUCUCUAAACCAAGCCGACUUUGAAACGCACAUACUUCUUCCCAGUGAUGGGAAAUCAGGACACUACACGACACUCAACAAUAAGGAGGUACAACUCAGUGGCGACGCCAUAACCACCACCAAAGGCUUCAAGGAGAUCCGAAUUGUUCACAUCCUAUUUGAAGAGACCUACUACAAUGAUCGGGAUGAGAGUUACAGGGUGGUCUGCAUCGACAGGCAGCUAGAAGGCGGCAACGAGGUGGUAGAGGAUCCUGUAUCUACAUGUCUAGAGACCUUAGAUGACUGCACGGAUUUCUUGUGGGGAAGUAAAUACAGCAAAUUUUCCCAGAAGCAGGUGGAUGACCUCAUCACUAACUUCCGGAACACCAAUCAACAGAUGGAGACGCUGCGGCACACCAUUGACGAGACUAGCUCUCUUUUUGCUAGCACCAUGCAGAUAGCUCUGAAGGACUCCGUAUUGCGCAAGACGGUACGUCAGCAUCACGGUCACAUGGACAACCUGAAGACGUCCAUGGAGACCUACAUCCUGCAUGGGGUCUACGGAAAGGUCUUCAAGGCCAUCAGUUCCUUCUUAGCCAGCCAGGACGCAGCAUUGAACAAGAUCACCAGGAACCUGUCCGAGCUCCAGGUCCGCGACGUCGGCGUCCGGCCGGAGUUCACGGCCAACGUGCCCCGCGCCAGGCGCGAGCUGUCCACGCUGAACCAGUACCGGACACCGCUGGAGAAGCUUCACUGUUUACGCCGCACCGUCAUGGCCAUCAGCCAGCCCGGAUUCAGAGCGCGCUCCAAGGAGCCAGCUCCGGCGAUGUCUUCUGACGACCUGCUUCCCUUGCUGGUGUACCUUGUGGUGAAAGCUGACAUCCCUAACUGGUUGGCCAACCUCACGUUCAUGAUGAACUUUCGUUUCUCCAGCUUUGCUGACGGGGAAUUCGGAUUUUAUUUGGCCUCCAUUGAGGCUGCUGUAGAGCAUGUCAAGAUGGGUAACAUGAGCAACGUGGUGAUAGGCGCGGCCAAUCCGCAGAAGCUGCACGUGCUGCGCAAGAUGAUGUCAGCGGACAGCAUGUGGCAGAACAUAGACCAGAAUGACGUAGUUGACACGUCAGCAAUCGACGUAUUCUUCCAGCAUGCCAGGGAGGGUCACACUACUGAGGUGGCCAAGAUGCUGGAGCAGAGCUCCAACGAUCAGAGCUGGCUGCUAGACCAGAUGUGCCACCCGCUUUGCGGCUGUGACAAGUGUGAGGAGCUGGUCGCCACGAAGCGAAACGAUCCACGGGCUGUCACAGCAUCAUCUAGAGAUGAUAGGGGCUGCACUGCCAUGCAUGUAGCAGCCAUGUAUGGUCAUACUGACGUAAUCAACGUCCUUAUACUGAGAGGUGGGGACAUCAAUGCUACUGAUUACCACGGCUCCACACCGCUUCAUGUAGCAUGCAGUCGAGGCCAACAGCACGUCACGUUAUUGCUGUUAGAUGAAGGAGCUUCAGUGAAUAUUGAAGAUAAUGACGGCAACACCCCUCUGCAUCUCUGCUGUGCCAAUGGCCAUGAAGAAUGUGUCAAAGCAAUGAUGUACAGCAGUCAGUCUGUUGAUGUCAAUGCCGCCAAUUGCCAGGGCGAUACACCGCUACAUCUCACCACCAGAUGGGGAUAUGAAAGCCUCGUCAAGAUCCUGCUGGAGCACGGAGCAUCCGUCGAAGCCCGCAACCGAAGGAAGGAGACGCCCAUCAUGUGCUCCUACAACGUCAACGUCAGCAGGAGCCUACAGCAAGCCAGCCAAAAUGCAGACGGAAAGGACAACUACAUUCAGGCCUCUAGUCCCCCCAUAGCGUCCUCCUUCAGCCCGCCCGACAGCACCGAUUCCUUCACCACAAGUUUUGCCAAAACAGCCAGCAGAACGAGACCGCGAUCGAGGAGGAGUUCCUCGCCGUACAGUAAAAUGGUUGAGAAGCUACUCAGGUCAGUAGCGGAUGGAGACCUGUUGAUGGUCAAGUAUCAGCUGGGGUGGCUGAGCGAUACCGAUGAGAGCGACGACGAUGAAGAAAUCUCAUUGGAUGCCAAACUCUGCCACCCUCUCUGCCAGUGCAGCAAAUGCGCCACCCUCCAAAAGAGAACUCUAGUAUCCUCUUCAGGCCUCAGUGUCAACUCCUGUAACUCUGAAGGUUUCUCCCCCCUACAUGUGGCGGCCGUACACGGGCAUGAUGCCAUGGUGUCACUCUUCAUACGCAGAGGGAGUAACAUCAAUAGCCGGAGUGGCGGCAGCCAACAGUGCACACCCUUACACCUGGCUUGCCAGUACAACCACCCGUUGGUAGUUAUUCAGCUGCUGCAGCAUGGUGCCAAGAGCAACAUAAAGGACGCCAGGGGCAACACCCCGCUGCAUUACUGCUGCCUGAACGGCCACGUCAAACCUGCAAGAUUCUUGAUCAAACACGGUGCCAACGUCAACCAAACCAACCACCGGGGCAACACGCCCUUGCACGAAGCGGCCCGAUGGAACUUCUGCCAGGCCGUCCGAUCGCUGAUUGAGGAGGGCCGCGCAAGCCCCUUCGCCCGGAACAAGGCUCAACUAAUGCCCAUCCAGCUCACCCAGAAUGACGAUGUAGUAAAAAUCCUACGCCAUGCAGCUUUGACGGCCGAUCAUGAUCUGGAAGAGGUCAGCUCACCCGACCCCGGGUCAGAUGUCACUGACGAGCCAACCAACUCCCUACCUUCACACGUUGCAUCCCAUCCGCUAGCUAGGCAAACAGCGAAGACGACCAAUGAAAGUUCACCCCCAAAUCUUGGAACGGCAGCGAGGCACGUCAGCCCCAAAGACCUCUUUUUCUCAUCGGGCAGCGUGGAGAUGCAGCAGCUCCAAGCCCUCAAUCAGUCUGUGAGAGCCUUUGACAAAUCCAAGAGAUUGCGCCGUUCCGUCACCCAAGACAGGAGCGAAUCCUCACUGGAGAGGUUGCGUCACCAGUAGUCCAUUGAGCACUUUGAUCGCAGAAAACUAAGGCAUGUCGCCACUGUCGACAAGAGCCGGCCCAUGCAUAUAAUAAGAGCACCCUCGCUUGAUGAGGCAGAAGCUCCCCGGCAGGGUGUCGAAAGCUGGAUCUCAGGAAACACUCAGCACCAGGAAGGUUCGAGUUGGGCCGGAGGGGAAGAGGAUGAGGCCACCGACCACACGCAGGAUGGGAUAGCUGAGGAAACCAAGGAUGGUGCGACAGAUACAGCAUUGACCAAAGAACCUCAUGCAUCUGAUCGAAGAAGAACGAUAGAAGAUGAUGGCUCAAAUUUAAAAAAUCCACAAGUGGAAAAGGAGACUGUCCAAUCAAAUGCAUCUACCUUUGCCAAUUUGAAUGCCAGCAGGAGUGAACAAGACUGUGUUAAAGCUGAGGAGCAUCUUGCCAUCAAAGAUGACGCCAACCCUCUCCAGGAACAGGAAGCAGGGGAGAGCAGAUCUCGCGCAAAGAAGCACAAGUCCAUUGUUUCGUUUGUGGAACCUGAGACAAGGCAUGAUCCCGGAGAGCCAACCAGGGAACAGAGGACUGAGGGGAUGGUGGUUGGAGGUAGUAAAGCAGAGCCUGGAGAGGUUUUUUCUGCAGAGUUGAGAGAAGAUAAUGGAGUAGAAUCGGCUCUGGUUGCUACAGAGGUGUCAACAGCUACAGAUGCCAACGUAUCACUGAGCACGGACGCAGUUGGGGGUUCCACUCACCAGCUGCCACCACUAACAGAGAUGCAGGAUGUCACGGCUACUUUCCACAGUAUCCCAACCUCGCCUGGGCACCGGCGGAUAGGGUCCAACGUCAGCUUGGACGAGAUGACCUCGCUGACUCAAAGCAUGAAUGCAUACGCCGAGUCCUUGCCACCGUCCUCCCCAACUGGCGGAUCAGGAGACCUCGCCGAGAGCACAGUGGGCUUUGUGGAGGCGUUGAGAGGCAAAUCCAGGGAGGAUCUGUCAGAUGCAGAACGUUUAGCACAGCAACGGGAGGCUUUGAUGAGCAGUCCACUGACAGACUCAGAAAUUGAUUGCAUGGAGCCAUUAAACCAAGAUGGCCACAUUAGCUAAGUGCAUUGAGGGCAAUUGAUUUGAAAGGCUGAAGCUGUAGGAGCAAUUCAUAUUUAGAGGGCACAAAAUAAGUGCAAGCAUGUACUGUACUGCGUGAAAGGUUUGACCUUUUAUGACCUGGUAAAUACACAUGGCUAAACCCAAUCAAACAAACUAAUUCUAUAUCUUUUCCGGGAUUUUCCAGGACUAAGAUAUAAAAAUUUCCAUGUUAUUUUGCAGAAAAAGUUGAUCGGAUUAUAAAAGAACGGGAAGACCACCAUAGCCGCUACCAUAGACUGACAAGGAUAUCCUGUAAAUGUGUAAUUAUUCCAUAAUCACAUCAAUAGCCUCUCAUCAAAUAUAACCCUGGCAUGACCUGAUUUGUAUGACUUUUCUAUGACUUUUUGUCCUAUGAAAACAGGAUUCCAAGGACACCCUAUUUUUUCCCAAUAUUCGAGGACUUUCCCAUGAUUUUACAGGGAAAAAUUGUUCCCCAGGACCUUUAAGGAUUUCCAUGGCUGCUGGAAACCCUGCUGUAAAUCAUCAUUUUAACACUUUUGCAACUAAAUCAGCACCUCCUCCCCCUCCCUCUUCUUGGAAGAUUUCUUGUCUUCAUCAACUUGGAUCAAUCCAAUUUGCUGGAUGGCUGUCGCACCUUCAGAUUGAUAUUGUGGGAACAGCAUAGCGUAGUUGAAGAGGUCUGUUUGCAAAAAUCUGCAACGAUGGGGCCAACUUACUGUACUCCUUUCAUCAGCUACUGGUGGGGACAAGCUACCCGUAAGCUAAAGGUAUCUUUUAUCAGGAUACCAAACCCGAGGUUAAUUGAGGUAACUAUGAAGUAAAGUAAGCAGAAGAAUGCUUCUGUCUAUCGGUAAAUCCUUUGUACAUGUAGUUUGACCAGGCAACAGUGCCCAAUUUCAUCGUUGUGCUUAAUGUGGAAUUUCGUGCUUACCGUCAAUUUUCUAUGCCAUCAGGUCUAGCAUUAAAUAUUGUGCUAACCAAGAAAGCACAGAAUCCCUCACGUAUGAGAUUUGCACAUGCGUGUUGCUCACAUUUGAAUGCUAACCAGUGACAUACGUGUAUGGUAAUUGUUACCGCAGUAAUUGUCACCAUAGAAUUUUCUGCUUUAGUUACAUGUACAUUUUCUUGCUUAGAGUAAGUAGAGCUGUUAACGUUGAGGUCUGAUUCUGCAGCCAAGUCCUUUGCUGAAGGCAGGCAUAGUUUCAAUCAAGCCAUGACACAGAUGGGCCAGUGUCGCUUUUAACGCUUUAUAGUAAUUGGGUCUUAGACCUUGGUAGCGUAUCUGAAUAUUUUGAAAAAGCAUGUUAAAAAUAUCUUACACUAAACGGAGCUGUGCUUCAAAACGUUUAUAUUCCGGAAAAGUAUUGAUGUGAUUUUUCACUCAACAAUGGGUACUUCAGCAUAAACCCUCAGCCUAGUCAUUUUGAGUAUUUUACAGAAGCACGGUAUUCAUUGUUAGGACUACAUGUACCUUUUAAGAAGUAUUGGACUUUGCAUUUGCAAGCACUGUGUGCGCGGUGUGUGGAAUGCCUCAAGGAAUGUUGACACGUGACUUGUUUAUAGAUUCAUGAAUUGCUCUUGACAUUACUCGGCUAUCUACUUACAUGUCGGUUUUUGGAACCUUUUAAACCCCAUUGGAAGAUUUGGAGGCAUAACUGGAGGUUUUUGUUUGUUUUCCUACUGGCAUUGUAAACCAUUUUAUCACAGAUCAGUCACAAGUAAUCUCAAAUCAUGCAGUCUCUAGUUGAGUCACAGCAGACAUUAAAGAUCAGCCACUAUUGGUUAUUCACAAUUUCUCGUUUUAUUAAAUUUAAGUUAUAUUUAAAACAAUUUAUCAUGUGAAAAAACUAAUUGAAAAUUGCUACUGACGUCAAACGCACGAGUUGAAGUUCUUCAUUUCAGGCAAAAUGAAAACAAAAGUCGUUGGGAGCAUCCAAUAGAAGCCCGUUUUGAUGAUGUUACAACGGUUCUGCUGUUAUACGACUGUUUCAUCAUUUUGGGGUGAACGUGCCCGCGUGCGUGAGCGCUGUGCUUGCCCGAAAAUAACUGAAUUAAACGAGUUAGGACAGUGAGAGAGUUGGAAUUGCUUUAACUUCAAAACAAUGUUGAUCGGGCAAGUUAAGGUGAUGUCUACGCUGGAUGAUACAGUUGAAUCGCCCCAAUUUGAACCGGAGUAAAGUCCCGAUGAAAUUUAGGCAGAUGGUUGCGGUAAUUUGCUGAGAAUGGCCGGCGAGGAAACAGACAGCCUACUACAUUGUAGGGCCACAAGGUCAAGAAACUAUGGAGGAACGAGAGCAGCAGUUUAUAUGACAUAAUCAAAUCGCUACAUUUGUUUGCCGCCCUCAUCGACGCUUUUUUAUUUUUCUCAAAGCAUUCUCGCGGUGGAACUGAACCCUCCAAAUGACGGUUUCUUUUAUAAAUGCAAAGAAAAGCUACCUCCUUAGUCAUUAUAUGGGUAAUAAUGACCAAUUCCCAGUUGAACCGUUUAAAAGCAGUAUGAGUGAUCUUUAAUAGUCAAGGAAAUGUGACAGUAGCAUUCUUGUCAAAGCGAAAAAAUCUCUACUUGUGAAAAAGCGUGUUGGCUGAUUAGACUAGUGAUUUGACUUGUGGCCGACUGGUACAUGUAUACGUAAUUGGCUGGCCGGGAAUGCAACUGUAUUUUUUUGUUUUGUCCGAUUGGUUGGCAGUUUGUUUACUGAAUCCGAGAGCAGUUUGAUCAGUGCUCCUGGGUUUGUACACAUCGAAAAGAAGGGCUUACCAUUUAGCUUCCUAACACGGCAAGUAUGUUAACUGUGAUAUCGGACAGAUCGGUCAUUUCACUAUUUUCGAAAAUGACAGUUCCUGCUGAAUCCGUUACACUAAUAUAAUGCAGAAUUUUGUGUCAUUUAUACCCUUGCUAAAGGACUUGGGCAAACGGAAACAGCCCCUUUAACAAUGAGUUGAAAACGUUGUGACAUUCAAAACGUGUUUCGAGGCUGGGUAUUUUGGCUGUUUUGCCCACAUUUUAUAGAAUGAAUCUUUCCAUUUUAUCGUCACCUAAUUUCACAUUUGAAGUUCUUUGCAUUUGUUGGACUCAGCUGAAACACUUUUAAGGAAGUGUCCUUAUUAGGUAAGGUUUUGAAAAUUGUUUUGAAUGUUUAUUAGUUAUUGGAUGCUAUUCACAGAACGCAUGCCAUUGUAUCAAAGAACAGAGCUUCUCACAUUGAGGUUUUUGUAUAGAAGUUUCAAUGAAAUAACCUUUACAAAAAUUAACUAAUAUAAAUAUUGACUAAUGAUGAAAUUGCCUUAACUUCUAGAGACAGUGACCCAAAGUUACUUGUAUUUGUUUCGAAUUAUAUGGAAAUUAUUUUUUUUACGCUGCAAUUUAAUUGCAAUAUUGAUUCUAAAGGUAAAGUUUUUGAGGUUUUGCCGCCUUUAAUUACAUUGUAUAUUCCUUUCUUCACCUGUUGGCUUUUAGUUUAUUCGUCUAGAUAUUCACUGUGUUAAUCCUCUUUAAAUUUGAUCCUUGAUGAGAUACAUGGUAUGCUAUUAUGUAAGAAUCUUACAGGCAUUAAUGUUUCUACAUAACCUCGUCGACAACUCUGACCAUGAACUAACGAUCACAAACGGAGGAGCACAAGGAGCAAUUUUUUUUCUACCUGUGUGCAACCGGUGUUUUGAUUUGUUUUAUUGUUUUGGUCUUGGCAUAAGUCAUGCUGACUACCUCAUGCUGAAUACUUUGCAGUCUGGAUGGUGUCAUUGAAAAACAUAUGACGUUCCUUUCAGAAUAUCACUUACUCCUAAAGGAGAGUUCACUUAGUGUCACCGGAAACGUUCGUCUCAUGUCUUUCCGUGUAAUUCACAUACAGCUUAGGGCCUACGGCUUUUGAAAAUGAUUAACUUCAUGGGAUCCGUUUCAGUGUCGCAAGAAAAUCUGCCCUGGUCUUUCUUCAUGUCACGAAAUUCCUUUAUUUAUUAUUGUUGUUUUUAUUAUUGGCAUUAUUUUGGCUCUAUUUUUUCUGCAGUUGAUUGUUAGCUCAAGACAACCACAUAAAACACAUGCAUUUGUGUACACAAAAGUAAUUUGCCUCUGUCACCUUAGAACCUAAUACGCUUAAUCUAAAUUGUUCCUGAUGGUGCACCUACCUUUGAGUUGUUGAAACUUACUCGUUUGAAGUAACGUUUCUUAAAUGAGAAGGGUAUUCGGUGUUUUUUAAAAUUCUAACCAGAUUGUUUGACUCUAGUGCUUGAGGAAUGCAUGCAAGAGAAUGUUACAUUGACCCCAAUGACCUCUCGCACAGACGGCUUCAGUUCACUCACUGAUCAAAACUUUCUCUGCCGGUUGGCGUUGCAGUGUCCGUGAAGGAUAUUAGGUCAACCCUUUUUCAUUUUCCCCCGACAGAACACUUGAUUUUAAACCCCUUUCUUCAUAUUGCUCACCCGUGUCACACCAACAGAUAAUCAAUCUUGAUCUCCAGUGGUUACUAGCACCACUUGUUUCAACCUAGUGCAGGGAAAUUAACCUUCAAUAAAGGAUAGAUCAUUCUAAAUAAGGAAUUAAUAUUCGCCGAUUGGUGCAAUAAUGUGUAAAUAUGGUAAUUUGUUUACAAUUGCAUUGUCUACCGCUGUAUAACUGCUGGACUAGUUAAUUACUGUCACAUGCAAAUACCAAUCAUAUAUUAUCAAAUCAGAUCAGUGUUCCGAUUUUUCUUGUGAAUACGGGCAUUCAACUUGUAUCAGGCUGUAGCCCGUUUUAGUAAAUUGCGCCUACGUGUACGUGUUUGUAUUGUUGAGCCAUUUAUGGAAAUUAACAAUAUCGUUUAAUUUACAGUUAUUCUUAUUUCAUCAACCACAUCUUGCAAAAAAUUAAAAUGUGUGCAGGCCUCCUCUUCAUAGACCUGCGUCCAUCGUAACCUUA